AUGAACAGCCCAGUCAAGUACCUGGUGACCGGCGCAUCCAGCGGUCUGGGGGGUUCUGUUCUGGCUACGCUAUAUAAAAACGUCCCUGACCCUUCGCAGAUUGCAGCUGCAUCCUCCAGGCUUGAGACGAGCCAAAAACUCCAGCAGGAUUAUCCUGGGAUCCAAUUUCGACGACUCGACUACAAUGAUCCAAAGUCGCUUGUAGAGUCCCUGGCCGGUGUCGAACGUUUCUUCUUCGUCUCCAGCCCUGAAGUGAACACCGAGAAAAGGAACAAGCAGCAUGAACGAGUAGUUAAGGCCUCUGUCGAAGCAAAAGUCGGCCAUGUAUAUUACUCCAGUCUUGCGUUUGGGGGUUAUGGUUACGAGUCCCAGGCUUCUGUCCAAAAAGCUCACUUGGUGACUGAAAAGCUUUUAGCUGAGUCUGGGUUGUCUUAUACCUCUGUCCGUGAAGGAGUGUAUAUCGAUGCCUUCCCUGUGUUUGUAUUCUGGUAUCCAAAUACAACUACCAUAUAUCUCUCUGGCGACGGCCCUGUUGCCUUUGCUUCUCGAGAUGAACUGGGUGAAGCCACUGCUCAACUCAUGCUACGUGAUCCAGAGGGCUUGAACCUGAAGAAUAACAUUGCCCUACUCACCGGGCCACGAACUUACAAGCUAACGGAUGUCAUCAAUGCUGUGUCUGAGGCUACGGGCAGGCAACUUGAGAUCAAAUGCGUGUCAAAGGAUGAAUUCCCUCGCAUUAUGGCCUUGGAGGAUGCCAGAGAAGGUAGAGGGCGGAAACCAGAAGCCUUCUUCAGGAGUUGGCAAAGCCUUGUGGAGUCUAUGGAAAAAGGGGAUACUGCAACUGUGGACCCCUUGAUGGGCGAGUUAUUAGGAAGACAGCCGCGAGAUGCUCUAAAGUAUGUGAACAAACUGGUAAAAGAUGGAGCAGAUAUGGGGGGAUAUACAUGGCAUCAAAAUUAUUGA